UUGUUGGCACCAUAAAUUGGAUAUUGAUAAUCUGUGGUACACACAGCGUCAUCUGGCAACACUAUAUUUCGGGAAGACAUCUUUGAUUUUACAUUGGUCUUAUACACGGCAUUCUAUACAAUCCUUUUCUGUUAAUUACUAUUUACAAUUGUUACAUGAAAUAAAAUAUACAUUGAGAUUAAUUGCUUUCUAUUAUACAACCCGACAUACAUAACAGAUUGGCGACGAGGACGGAGGAAGUGGAAAUUCAAUACUAAUAAUCAAGUGAAGAACAUCGUGCGUACGUCGACCCAUGUGCUCCUAACACCUUUUCCUUUGUUCCAAGGGUUCCACGUCCCGUGAUGAUAACCCGCUUCACAACCUCCUUUUUCCUUUACAAUAAUAUACAAUACAUUACAAGUACGCAAAAUGGAACAGCAAUUGGGGCAAGUAUUAUCUCAAAUGUUAGAAACUAUUCGAGGAAUUCAAGUACAACAAGCGCAAUUACAACAACAAUUACAAAAUACGGAUAAAUCGGUGAGUGGAAUUACAUUACAACCAUACGACGAAAACAAUGAAAGUUUCGCAUCGUAUUUACAAAGGUUAGAAAAUUACAUUAAUUUAAAAGGAGUCACAAAUGAUAAAACAAAAUCACAGAUUUUUCUGAACUGCAUUGGUCCUAAAUACUACCAAGUUUUACAAAAUAUUACAGCACCUGAUUCUCCGAAAACUAAAUCAUAUUAUGACCUGAUACAAUUAUUGAAAAACCAUAUCGCACCUGAACCCGGUGAAGUAGCCCAACAGCACAAAUUUUGUUUAAGACAACAAUACGAAUGUGAAAGUAUUUCGAAUUAUGUUGCUGGUUUAAAAGAACUAGGGGGAAAAUGUAACUUUAAAUGUGCGAGCUGUCAACACAGCACAUUUGAAACUCAUCUGCGAGUACAAUUCAUACGAGGUCUCCGGAGUACAGAAAUAAAAGAAAGAUUACUACAAGAAAGCUCAUCUACAAAGGUUGAUGAUUUAAUUUAUAUUGCAAUGGCGAUUGAGACAUCAAAAGCUGAAACAAAAGAAAUGUGUUCUGGCCAAGUAAACAUUAACAAAAUUUCAACAAAAUCAAAUCAUUUCAAAAUUAAAACAAACAUACAGCAACCUACAAAAAUAAAUACAUACAAAAGAAAAAAUAUAAAUAAAUCAUACAAUUCAUAUCACAAGAAGAAGAGAGAAAUAAAAUGUUUUCGCUGUGGCAUAGAAAACCAUACAGCAAGACAAUGCCGUUUGAAAGAUAAACUAUUUUGCAAGAAAUGUAAGAUAAAGGGACAUAUACAAUCGGUAUGUUUCAAAGAUCAAAAACAACUUGACUUAGUACAGGAUCAAUUCACCGAGGAAGAUGAAAUAUAUGAAAUACAUAAGAUAUUUAACAAUAACAUACACAGUGAUAAAUUUAACAUAACCUUAUUAUUAAAUGGAAAAAUACAUACUUUGGAACUGGAUACAGGCGCUGCAGUUACUACAUGCUCAACAAAUUUUUAUGAGAAAUAUUUUAGUAAUCUGAAACUUAAAAAUACAUCAGUAAAGUUAAGAACAUACACAGGAGAAAUAAUACACCCAUUAGGAACUUGUAAUUUAAAUAUUCAGUAUAAGAACACAGUUAUUGAAGGAAGAAUCUUUGUAAUUGACCGCGAAGUAGACACCGUAGUUGGAAGAGAAUGGCUUAGAAAAUUGAACUUAAAUUUUGAAUUAAAUACAAUAUACAGAUACAACUGAUAGGAAUGAGACAAUGACAGACGAUGAAGCGUUUUACCUAAAUCAAAUUGCAGAAAUGCCAGUUUCAUUAAAGGAAAUAAGAGAAGCUACAGCCACUGACCCUGAGUUACAAAAAUUAUACAUAGAGAUACAGUCAGGAAGAGAAGAUACAGGAAGACUAUACGAAUAUUCGUUACAAAACAAUUGCAUAUUUUAUGGCAUAAGAAUUGUAAUACCUAAAAAAAUUACAACCUCAAAUAUUAAAAGAACUACAUACAGCUCACACCGGUAUUGUGAAGAUGAAGGCGUUAGCCAGAAGCUACGUCUGGUGGAAGAAUAUAGACAUGGAUAUAGAGAACAUGGUAAAGCAAUGUAAAACAUGCUGUUUAAUGAAGAACAACCCUACUAAAGUACCUAUACACAUCUGGGAAUAUCCGAAAGAACCAUGGAGUAGAAUUCAUAUUGAUUACGCAGGACCAUUCAUGAAUCAAUAUUUUCUUAUUGUGGUAGAUGCCUACACAAAAUGGUUAGAGGUAAUACCUACUACUUCUAUCACAGCUACAGCUACUAUUAAUAUUUUAAAGAAAAUCUAUACUACGUUUGGCUUACCAGUUACCCAAGUAUCUGAUAAUGGAAGACAAUUUAGAUCAGAGGAAAUGUUAAGAUUUUUAAAGGAAAAUGGAAUUCAAGCAAAGUUUACAGCACCAUUUCACCCAUCUACAAAUGGUCAAGCAGAAAGAUAUGUACAAACGGUUAAAAAUAAACUUAAAGCAAUGAUGAACGAAGAAGGAUCUGUACAAGAUAAGUUACAAAGAUUUUUAAUGAUGUAUAGAAAAACACCUAAUAGCUCUACAGGGCAGAGUCCAGGAGAAAUGAUGUUUAAAAGAAUAUAUAGAACAAGAAUAGAUUUAGUGAAAAGAAAACAAGAAGUUAGAGAUUGCAACAAUGAAGAAUUAAAGGUAAACAAAGAGUUUAAACCAGGGGAUAGAGUACAAAUAAGGAUGUAUGAUAGUAACAAAUGGAAAUUUGGAAGAAUAUUAGAGAGGAAAGGAAAAUUACAUUACGAGGUGGAAGUAGAUGGAAAGAUACAUCACAGACAUAUUGAUCAGAUAAUAAAGACAUCUUGUUUGAGUGAGAACUUUAAUACACCAGAUACUUACCGACCAACGUACCUGCAAGAGAAUUCACCUACACCAGCUUCACCUGAAAAAGAAUGCAUACAACCUAGCCCUACAGUAAUAUUACAUACAAGUCCUACUCGAAGAAGAUCAUCUACACAGCCAGUAGAAAGUCCAGGAAAUUACCAACCAGAAAACCUUGUACCAGAAACAAUUCCAGAUACACAUGAACCUACACCGUCCAGAAUUGAAAUCCGUCGUAGUACUAGGAUGAGAAGACCUCCAAACAGAUUGAACCUUUGAAUUUAUAACGAGGGAGAGUGUUGGCACCAUAAAUUGGAUAUUGAUAAUCUGUGGUACACACAGCGUCAUCUGGCAACACUAUAUUUCGGGAAGACAUCUUUGAUUUUACAUUGGUCUUAUACACGGCAUUCUAUACAAUCCUUUUCUGUUAAUUACUAUUUACAAUUGUUACAUGAAAUAAAAUAUACAUUGAGA